AUGUCUGGGGACAUUUUUGGUUGUCACCACUGGGGAGAGGUGCUACUAGUGUCUGGGGGGUGCUGGGCAGGGAAGCUGGUCAACGUCCUGCAGCGCGCAGGACGCCUGGCAGCGAAGGCCCGGCCAUGGGUGGGGUCCAAGUCGGACCUUCGCAGUCAGGUGCCUGCCUGCCCAGGCUCAGGGGUAGCCACGGGCAAGCACCCCUACUGGACUGGGCCCGCCCGAGGGCGCCGUCUGCUGAGAGCUCCGCCGGGUCCGGGCGGGGCCUGCGUCCUGCCUGCACAUCGGACACUCUGGGGCGGCCGGUCCUCCCGGCGCCGCGCACACUGGGCCCCCAGCACCCUCGCUGCCGCCGAGCGUCUGACCGGCUGCCCUAGCAGCGUGGCCACCGAGGCGGCGGGCCUCCGGGCGCCCAGAGCGUUCCGGAAGUGUGUGUGGACGGGUGGGCGUGGCGGAGCGCACUUCCGGCCGGCGCGCGGGCUGCCACCUCCCGCUCUGAAGCCUGUUGCAGCAGCGUGGGUGUGGAACCUGCGGUCGGAGUUUGUGCUCGCGUCCUCGAGUGACCGUCGCCUCCGCUCAGCCAGCCAGGGUGUGCACACCUUCAGGCCUUGGGGAAGAUGGCGGCCCCGGGGGACGGUCGGGAGUCCCCUCAUGUCCCAUCCCCUGUCAGUCUCGAGUCACCGGGGACACCUGGAGCCCACCACCACGAGGCACGGCUUCACCUCCACGGUCAUCAACACGGCCCAAGCAUGCAAUUCUGUGCCAUUUGACAAACAAGGAAAGCUUCCAGCCAGGAGAGCACCCACUGCCCUCCCUCCAGAGGGCCAGCCCCAGCAGUGCAGCAUCCCCCUGAGUCCGAGCCUGGUGCUUCGGCUGAAGUGGAACAUGCCUGUCGCUGUUGCUGGGACCCCCAGCUGCAGCCCCAAGGUGCGCUCUCAGCCACCACAGGAGGAGGAGCUGUCAGACCUGGAUUUCCAAGAUGUGGAGGAGGUCCAGAUCGGCAGAGACGCCUGCUGGCCAGAUUCUGAGUCGGAGCCUGAGCAGGCUCUGCCAUCUCCCAACUCACAUGAUCCUGAAGAUGAGGUGGACCGGGACCGGGGGGCACUGAGGACCCUGCUGAGGAGCCUUCCCCGUAGACCCACGUGUGGGGACAGCUUUGGGCAGGAGUCCAGCUUGGAGCGCCCAGCAGGUCAGCUGCCAGGGGCCAUGCCCUGCUCCCGGGAGAGGGGCACCUGGCGCAUGACGCUCAUGUCACAGGGAGCCUCUGAGACCGAGGGGGGCCCCGAGCGGGCCGCCGAGCUGGGGGGCAGCUUUGGCCGGGGCUCGGCCCUUGGGGCCCGACAGGGCGGCCCACGGGGUGGGAAGCCUCACAGGUGUGAGGCCUGCGGCAAGAGCUUCAAGUACAACUCCCUGCUGCUGAAGCACCAGCGCAUCCACACGGGCGAGAAGCCCUACGCCUGCCACGAGUGUGGCAAGCGCUUCCGCGGCUGGUCGGGCUUCAUCCAGCACCACCGCAUCCACACCGGCGAGAAGCCCUACGAGUGCGGCCAGUGCGGGCGCGCCUUCAGCCACAGCUCGCACUUCACGCAGCACCUGCGCAUCCACAAUGGCGAGAAGCCCUACAAGUGCGGCGAGUGCGGCCAGGCCUUCAGCCAGAGCUCCAACCUGGUGCGGCACCAGCGGCUGCACACCGGCGAGAAGCCCUACGCCUGCAGCCAGUGCGGCAAGGCCUUCAUCUGGAGCUCCGUGCUCAUCGAGCACCAGCGCAUCCACACAGGCGAGAAGCCCUAUGAGUGCCCCGACUGCGGCAAGGCCUUCCGCGGCCGCUCCCACUUCUUCCGGCAUCUGCGGACCCACACGGGCGAGAAGCCCUUUGCCUGCGGUGUCUGCGGCAAGGCCUUUGGCCAGAGCUCCCAGCUCAUCCAGCACCAGAGGGUCCACUACCGGGAGUAGCAGGCCCAGCAGGCUGUGGUUGAGCCGGGAGGGGGCAUGGACGCGGCCUGGGAUCGAGGGGGUUCUAGAGGGAGGGCUCCUGCCUUCUCACCCUUCCUGCUGGCACCGCAUGCCAAGGGUCCUGAAUAAAUUCUUUUUAAUUGCUGGAAAUGGGAGCCACUCCUGCCUGGGCAAGGCCAUGGGCUGCUUCCCAUCCCUAAGGGCCUGUGUCAGGAGAAGAAUGCCUGGCCUAACCCAGCACCCUGUUUAGUCUCCUGGCCUCGUGCGUGGUCAGUCCGAGCUCCCUGGGGCCUGAGGCCUAGGGGCGUCCUGACUU